AUGUCUCCGAAAGCUGCCACCCUCGUGCUGGUGCUCCUGGCGGUCGCAGGCUCGCAGGCGGACGUUAGUGCGGACCAGGUGGCCAGUGUGAUCUGGAAGUACUUCAAGGAGCUGGGCACCAAUGCCAAGGACACUGUGGACCAGCUGCAGCAAGCCGAGCUCAGCAAGCAGCUCAACACCCUGCUCCAGAGCAACCUGGAGAGCGUCAACUCAUACGCGGCGGACCUGCAGCGGCGCCUGGUGCCCUUCGCCACGGAGCUGCAGGCCCGGCUGGCGCAGGACUCGCAGCGGCUGAAGGAGCAGAUCCAGCAGGAGCUGGCGGAGCUGCAGGCCAAGCUGUCGCCCUACGCCGACGAGGUGCACCAGCAGAUCGGCACCAACAUCCGCCAGCUGCAGGCGCAGCUGAGCCCCUACGCGGAGGAGCUGCGCGCCCAGGUGGACCGCAGCGCCGGGGAGCUGCGGCAGGCGCUGGAGCCCUACGGCGCCGAGCUGCGCGAGCGGCUGCAGGGGCACGCCGGCAGCGCCCAGGCCUCGCUGCGCCCCUACGCCGACCGCCUGCAGCAGCAGAUCGACCGCGGCGUGGAGACCCUGCAGGAGCAGCUGGCGCCGCUGGCCGAGGAGCUGAAGGCGCAGGUGGAGCGCAGCGUGGCGGAGCUGCGGCAGGCGCUCAGCCCCUACGCGCAGGAGGUGCAGGGCGGGCUGGAGCGGCAGCUGGCGCGCCUGUCGCUGCAGGCGGAGCAGGCGGCGGCGGAGCUGCGCGAGCGCCUGGCGGCCAGCGGCGAGGAGCUGCGUGCCCAGCUCAGCCCGCUGGCGCAGGAGCUGCGGGAGGCGCUGGGCGCCGAGGACGAGAGCCUGCGCCAGCGCCUGGCCCCGCUGGCCAAGCGCCUCGACGAGCACGUGGCGCAGAUGGUGGAGGCCUUCCGGCAGCAAGCGGCUCCCUACGGCGAGGUCUUCGGGCAGCAGCUGGUGAAGGGGCUGGAGGAGCUGCGGCAGAAGCUGGACUCGGGCACGGCCGGCGCCGAAGACCACCUCGACCUGCUGCAGAAGGAGGUGCAGGAGAAGGUGGCCUCCUUCCUCAGCACCACCGAGCAGGCCAAGAGCUGA